AUGACUUCACUUUUCCCUUCUUUAAAUUGGUGUCUUUUUUUGAGCGUUUUCUCGCCUGUGACACUCUUCCUCGAGAGCUUUAACAAGAAACAUCAAUUUAUGGUAAAGACGGUAGCUAUAAUUGGCGCAGGCCCAGCAGGGCUAAGUGCAGUCCGUGCGCUGCACACUAACAGCACCUUUGAUAUAGUUGUCUAUGAAAGAAACGACGAUAUAGGAGGAGUGUGGUACUACCCAGAGGGCAGCCACAGUGAAACUGCUAUGUACGAUUGGCUCGAGACCAAUUUAUGCAAACAGAUCAUGCAAUUCAAAGACUUUCCAUUUCCUGAAUGCGUAGAUGAAUUUCCCAAUAGAUCUCAGGUAUGGCAAUAUCUGAAAUCGUACUAUAAUCAGUUCAUCGAUGGUAAAGACAGAGUAAAGGUGCGUUUCGCAUCAAAUGUGCAAAGUGUUAUUAAAGAUAAUGAAGUUUGGCAAGUUACUGCUAAUGGGACUACUGAAGCAUUUGAUUAUGUUAUCGUAGCAAAUGGUCAUUUUGAUAAGCCUUACAUCCCAAGCGAAGUCGCUGGUCUCGAGGAAUGGAGGGCCGUGGAUAGCGAAAGCAUUAUGCACUCGAAAGAAUACUCAUCUCCGGAAUUCUUUAGAGAUAAGACUGUAAUAAUUGUUGGCAAUGGAAGUUCAGGUUCUGACAUUGCAAACCAAGUGAGUUCGGUCGCAAGCAAAGUUUACCACAGUGUACAUGAUCCCAGUAACACGGAUUGGUCAGACAAUGAUGUUGUGACCGCCGUCCCUGCCAUAAAACAGUUAGAUAUUUCUAAUGCAAGGUCGGUUACCCUGCAAGAUGGAAAUGAGUUCAAGAAUAUUGAUGUUAUAAUGUGGGCAACCGGAUAUCUCUACAAUAUGCCCUUUCUCAAAAGUUACCGCUCUGAAUUAUUUGGUGAUCAACAGGAUGGCUCUCACAGGCUCUUCAAUUUGUGGGAACAGGUGUGCUUUCGAACUGACCCAACGCUUGCAUUUUCGCUACUUUGCAAAAAUAUUGUCCCGUUCCCUGUUUCCGAGUUGCAAGCUUGCCUAAUUACUAAAGUUUUUACGGGAUCGGUUGAGGUGCCUCUUGUAAUGCAAGAUUCCUCAGAACCGGAAGGGAAAGAUUAUCAUUCACUUUUAACUCCGCUAGAUAUAGAAUAUUGUCAAAGAAUCCAGCAACUUCUGGACACCUGUGGGGGAACAGCUGAUAUAUUCCAGCCUAUCCGCUGGGAUGAAAGCAAAGUCGAAUUGCGUUAUAGAAGUGCAGAAAUGAAGCGCAAGAGAACGAAGAUAUUAGUUCAUAAAGCAAUGGAAUUGAGAAGUGAAAAGAAGCCUUAUUGCCUAUAA